AGUGAAAACUGUUGCUGAAAGUUUACGGUGGGUUGAGAAAGACAAAACGCAGACUGCGGAGGUCGCCUUCAACGGGAGUGUCUUCGUUGGUCGGCUGGAAGCUUUUAAAGUUGAUAUCUCGGGCAAUGAUGGUAACUGGAGUUCUGAACUUUUCUCUGGCUGCCUUACGAAGGGGAAAUUGUGCUUAAAUGAAAAUUUCACUAGACUAACUAUUGGUCAAAAAUUAGAUCUUCUGGUAACAAGCACCAUUCAAGGGGCCAAUGAACCAUGUGCAAAGAGGGAACGUCGUAAUUGGACCGUGGAGGAAGAAAAUGGUCUAGUAGGGAUACUAGAGGAACUAGUUACACAAGGGCAAAAAUGUGAUAACGGUAAUUUUAGAGGGGGAACAAUUCAAGAAAUAGUGAGAAAGAUGAACCAGAAAUUUCCUGGAUGUAGUAUCAUUGCUAAGCACAUUGAGAACAAGAUGAAGAAGUUAAAGGAAAAAUAUGUUACUACUGUUAACGUGAUGAACCAACCUGGUUUUGGUUGGAGUGAUACAAACAAAUGUGUGAUAGUUGAUAGCAAUGACAUCUUGGAAGCUUACCUCAAGAAAAACCCUAAAAACCAGAACAUAGUUGGCAAAGCGUUCCCCCUAUUUGAUCGUCUCCAGUUUGUGUUUGGGAAGGAUCGUAUGACUGGGGCUGCUGCUAUAGUCCCAGCUGAUGUUGUUGAAGAGUUGGACCAUCAAGAAGAAAUUGGUGGUGGUAAUAUUGAGCAUGAUGUGCCCCUUAGUUCCCCUUCAUCUGUAGGAGCUAGCUCAGCAGCUUCACAAUCUAAUGUUCAAUCCAAGAGAAAAAGGGCGAGGGAUUCUGAUAGGUUUGACAAGUUUAUAGAAGCCUUUCAGAGAGCUUCCGCUGCUGGAAAUGACAUCACUCAAGUGAUUGCCAAAUUGGAUAUCAAUGCAAGCCGUUUGCAUGAGAUUGUAUCAUGGGAUGCAAAAGCUCGAAUUGCAGGUGAGCUUCAGAAAAUGGACCUAACCGAGGAUGAACAAAUAGAGGCAGGGAUCAAGUUGAUGGACCAUACCGAAUACGUUCAUCUCUUUUGGGGUUUCACAGGUCGGCAGAGGGAGGCACUCGUGAGGAGGCUCAUCCGUUAGGCUUUUCUAGAUUUUUCAUUUAGGCAUGGGCAGAGCAUGGGCGUAGAUUAAUUACUAAGUUACCUAACAUCUGUCGUAUUGCUGGACUUAAUUUUAGUUGCUGGUCUUGUUUUGACUUGUAAUUUUCCCGCGUCAUACACUGGUUUACAUUAUGUGGUUGACCAUGGAUAUGUGUAUUUAGUUUUAUAAAAGGUUGAGCCUCUUAAUGGCUGUUUUCAA